AUUAUUUCUAUAGCGAGCCUCGAGUGUUGGCAUGUAGCCAACUGGUAGCCACUGCGUAAAAAUAAAGGCGGUAGUUUCUCAAAACAAAACACGAAGUUUAAGGUUAUGAGUUAUGUGCAAUAUUCCUUUAUUUCUACUAUUGAUUAUUUCAUUAUUAAGCAUCAAUGAAUAUUAUUACUUGUUAUCUAAAAUAAUAGUAUUUUGUUCAAUUUUCAACAAUAAUUAAAUGCUUUUCUUUGGAAUUGAAAACGUUUUUUAGUCUUUCAGGAUGCCGGUAGCAUUUAUGGCCAGUUUGAUGGUAACAGAAUCAGAAAAACUCGUUUUUCCUUUCCUGUUUGAGCUCACUAAAUCAUUCCUCAGUGAUGGUCAUCACGUUCAUCUGAUCACAAAAACUAAAAUUGAAGAUGUUCCUCUAACCAUUGACAAAAGUGAAGAUCUCUGUGUUGAUUCCCUUAGCAGGCUCACCAUCAAGUAUUUGGAAAAUGCACAACAGCUUAUUCAAUACGCUAUUGAUCUGCAAUUCAUGCUUUCAAGACAAGGAGGAAAACCACCAAAAGCAAUCCUAAUUCAAGGCCUACAGAAUUAUUUUGAUAGUGAAGACUAUGGUGAUAUGGCUUUGGCUCUCCUCCUCAGUGCUCUCAAAGCUCUUAGUUCCUCUAUGAAAAUCAAUGUAGAAUUGUUCGCUGGAUACGAAGUGAAUCCCAACCGACCAUCACAAAUAACUUUGGAAUUCUUGAAAACUAAUUUUUUCAAGCGGAGUUGGCAUUUUAGUCUUGUUGGUCAAAAUGGAGUUAUUAAGGAGCUCGAUGAAGAAAAGCGUAUAACUGUUCAGAUGUUAUUUACAAUACAAAAAAGUGUUGUCUCCAUUAACAAUAAACAGUUUUUAACCUAUUUUAGAAUACCAGAACACUGAAUUAAUUGUUAACAAAGGCAAUACCAAUUUGUUAUUGAAUUUUCGAUUGAAAGUUUUGUUAUGUAAAUAUGAAAAUAUGUUUUUCUGUAACUUGCGAUUUAUUGCAAAGCAACUAAUUGUAAGCGACAUUGGUUUAUAGCUUUAAACAUUAGCUGAGCUUCAUUCAAUUUGAAGUGUGUGCGUUGAAAAAAAAUUCUAAAUCUACCUAUAUUUAUAUUUCAUUAUAAAUUUAUAUAUUUUAUAAAUUGUUUUAUAUAUUGAACAAAAUGUUUUUAUUUCUCAAUUAAACUUACAUUUGUGAA